AUGGGUGUGAAAGGAUUGACAUCUUUUAUUGACGACAACCCAGUUCUCUUACAAGAUUUCAAACUAUCUAACUGUAAAGUUAUAUUGGAUGGUAACAAUUUUAUACACUUUGUGUAUCAAAACUAUAAUGAAUCACACCAGUAUGAUGGAGACUACCAUAAUUAUUAUAGAAAGAUUGUCCAGCUUUUUAACAGUUUGAAACAAUGUAAUGUAGAGGCGAUUGUGAUAUUUGAUGGAGGUUAUGAUGUGUCAGAUUCUAAAUUAAGAACUACAUUGGAUCGAGCUGAAAGACGAGUUAUUCAAGCAUCUAAUAAUUGCAGUCUACUCCCUAUCAUGGCUGGUAAAGCUUUUCGGAAAGCUCUAGAUCAACUCGAUGUGUUUCAUGUGACUUGUAGCUUUGAAGCAGAUGAAGAAAUUGCAAUUCUUGCAAAUCAGUGGAACUGUCCAGUAAUCAGCAAUGAUAGUGACUUUUUUGUGUACAAUUUAAAAGCAGGUUUUCUUCCUUUAAACUAUGUUGAUUUUCGUCCCAAAAAGUUAAGUGCCAGAGUCCGGUAUAUUUCUGCUCAAAAGUACCAUUUUGACCACUAUGAUCAUAUUUUGGACAAUUUUCAACCAGAAAUGAUUCCCUUAAUAGCAACAGUACUUGGAAACGAUUUCAUCAAAUACGACACAUUUUCUGUGUUCACUCAGAAAUUCAACAGACAAAAGUACAAAAUCAAGUCCGCAUCUAAUGCUGUGUCAAAAAUAACAGCCAUUUUGAAUUAUUUUGAUCAGUUUAAAACCUUUGAAGAAGGUCGAAAUGCAAUAACAAAAGAUUUUGUGACCAGUGGAGGUGUUGCCAGCUUACAACAUGUGAUUGAUCAGUCGUUGAAUAGCUAUAUGAAAAUUGACUCAAAGAAAUCUAUAGUGGCAGAUGUGGUAAAAAAUACUUGUGAUUGGAAGAAAAUAACACAAAAUGACUAUUUUAACCAACCCCUACCUCAGUGGUUUAUUCAUAGUCUAUUUCAAGGAGAAAUAUCUCCACUUGUACAGAAUAUGGCUGUUCUCCAUAGAGUUUUUCUACCAUGCCAACAAGAGCAGAUAACUCAGCAAUCCUCUCACAAAUUGACCAUGUUUAUUCGACAAGUUCUUUAUGGUGUACUUUUUCAAGGAUCAUCAAAGGUGAAAGAAACCAAAAAUGGUAGAAAACGUAAAUCAAAUAGAAAUACUCAGGUUGAAGAAGUGGAUAGAAGUGCCAAAUCUAUUGGACAUUUCUAUAUUGAUCCAAGAGAGAAUUUGACUAAUCAUGGAAGACUGCCAUCUUUAUCAGAAGUUGGAAGUUUGAGUGAAAACCAAAAGUGCUCUAUAAUGAUUCAUACUUUAGGUGUUGCUGAAAGUUUUGUUUCUAAAUUCAGUCCAGUAGAUCAGCUUUUGAUGUGUGUAUUAAGUUAUUGGGUGUCAAAUUCCAAUGUUUCACUAAUUCAACUUGAAGCAAUUGUUCUCACUAUAAUAUUUCUGAAAAUGAGGUGCCUAGAUCAAAAUAAUGAAGAAGUUAAGCAGAAAUUAGGAAUGAGUAACUUGUUUCAUAAUAAUGUUCAAAGCAUUGAUGAAGUUUCAGACCGUCUGCCUAUUGAAGUUCUUCAUUCUUAUGCUCAAUACCAAUCUUGUCUAUUAUUUACCCUCUUGCUCAAUGAACUUCUACAGUCACCUUUCCAAGAACCAAUAUUAUGGCAAGUCUAUGAUGGAGCUGUUGCUUAUCAUUUCAAUAAGUGUUUAGUAUUAAGACAUGCUGGCUGUCCAGAUAAAGAGGAUAUAUUAAAAACAAUCGAAAAGUAUCCAAAGUUAGUGAAGCUCUAUAAAUAUAUCACUCAAACUAUAAUGAAUGAUGCUAAAACACGACCUAAGAAAUUAACCAAAAGUGAAAAGCGAAAAGCUAAAAGUGCCAUGGAUAAUUUGAAUAACUUUACUGGAUUCAUCACAAAAUUAGGAUAUAUGUUAGUUAUUUUGGUAGCUGUUUUUGUAGCCUACUCAUUGAAAAAUCUUAAUACAUUUAGAAAUUAA